CCGCGCUGCACGAGCGACUGUUCUGGCAUACGCGUACAGUAAAGUACACACGCGAAGGGCAGGGAUGACUCGCGCCAAGCAAGAGGGAUGCUCUCCCUGGCCUCGAGCACGAAAAAUGGCGCCGUUUGCCUUGGUUCUGCACACCCUCGCUCUCCAACUCUUGUGUUCGUUAGGAUCAUCCGGCAGCAGCAGGAGCAGCAGCAGCAGCAGCAGUGGCCUCUACCUCCCUGCUGGCGUCAGGGGCGGCGUCACACCAGCGAUCGAAGAGAACCACCGCAGCAGAGAGGAGGAGCAAGCCGGCGGGCAGGGGAAUACCACCAUCCCGCCCAGAGCGGUGCUGAUCGACGCGAACGACAUCAUCGACGCGAUGGCCCAAGCCUCUGGUCAGCGCAGUGGGACGGACGCCCACGAGCAGGUGUUCAAACAGACCCAUGUCUACCGAUCCCAGGUGCACCACAGGAGCAAGCGCACGAUGAGCAACAGCGGUAGAUCACGUCUGAGGCGCGAGGGGGACAGCCUCCUCCGGUCCCUCAAGACUGUCACCACCCGCACGACUAACGGGUUGGCACGGGCGGUGAACGUCACGGGGACGGCAGCGUCGGUGGUUGCGGGAGGAGCUUUCAAGCUGGCAGGAGCAGCAGUUCUCGACGCCGUCGACACUUGGCGUUUUGUGGCGAAAGGGCUGAGGAAGACGGCGGAGACUGUUUACGACUUCGGUGUUGCGGCGGAAAACGUGACUGCAGAAGCCACCGAGGUCGCCGAGGAAACGAUACGGUCGGUCGUCGGGAGCGUGAUCAACCCAGCCUCCCCCGGCAGCGACGCGCAAACGCGCGGUUACUUUUCCGAGGAGGAGGAUCGGAUCAUAGACAACAUGGUGUUCGGGAUGCCCCCGGCAGCCGGCAGCGGCGGCGAGACAACGGGGGCAGUAGACGGCGGCGGCGGCGGCGGCGGCGGCGGCGGGCAUGUCUCAGGCGGGAGUAACAUGGGUUACUCGGAGGGCGAUCUCGCGACGCACUUCGGCAGAGACGCUCGUCGCGGCCACCACCACCACGAUAGCGGUAGGCCUUAUGCCCACCAGCAGCACCAGUGGCAGCAGGGCCUAUUGACCGGCGGACCGGGGGGGCUCAGGCGCCGACAGCCGAGGCUGCUGGCCCUCGCCGCCCGCGCGCGGUACGCCAUCCGGCUGUCCAUCAUGAGGACGAGCAAGGCCGUGCCGACGAUGAGGUUUCCGCAGAUGGUGGCGUGCGCGAUGGUUUUCGCGUGCCGGGCGGUGACGAAGAACCCAUGGUGCGGGGCGGCCAGCUUCGUGGGAGCCAGGAUGUACCUCAAGUUUGUGGAGUCGAUCUACCUGGAGUGCUUGAAGGAGCGCAUGACCUCAGACAUUAAGUUCGAGGCUGUAGCUAGGCUGCACGAGGGCUCGCCUGAAAGAGCCAGGUGGUUCAACACGGCUGUGGCGGCUAUGUGGGUGCCCAUGCUCGAGCCGCUCUUGUCAGGGUGGACCUCGCGGCAGAUCACGAGGGGCAUCGAGAGGAGCCUGCCGAGCAACGUCUCGUGGGUGGGCCUUGGCAAGGUGACGCUAGGCCCGACACCCCCCAAGAUAAGGUACGUGCAGGUCCAGAACGUGACCUCGCUCGCACAGCGGCGGAACAUGGGCACGUCCAACGGCAUCAUCGACAGCGUGCUGCUCGAAGCCGGCCAGCCAGGCGGAGAAAUCGCCGGAGAGAACAUCGUCUACCUCGAGGUUGGCGUUGAUUGGACCAGCUCGCGCUCAAAGGUUUCCCUGAAGCUUGGUGAGCAGUCCCGCCGUCGCAACUGGUGGAGCCUGAGUAGCUACGUCCCGACCUACCGCGUAAAGCUGUGCGAUCUCGGCAUAAAGGGAAAGGUGGUCGUCGCCAUGGCGGUGGGAGAUGGCCGGCCUUUCGUGAAGCGGCUGUGGGUGGGGUUCUCGGAACCCCCUCUGACGCACAUGAGCCUGGAGGCACUCUCGGGGAUGGACAUAGCCAACCUGCCGGUGCUCAGGAAGCAUCUCCGGCACGUGGUGAUGAGGUGCCUCAUGCCUCUCACGGAACCAAGGUUCCUCAACAUCGAGGUGAAACCUCCGUCCCCACCCCCCAGCUCAUCUCGGGGUGCCGCCCUAGCAGCCCGCGUCCGGCCGGCGGCCCUGGGCGUCCGAAGGCGGCUCCCGCGCCGCUUCCCGGGCUUCGGGUUGCGGACACUCCUUGGUCGCGGCAACAACAACAACAACAACAACAACAACAACAACUCGAGGGUGGCGACAACAGCAGUGCUUGCCGAAGCCGGCGAAGAAGGAUCCGGGGGUGGCCAGGGCAGGGAGCUCGAGGAGGCGACGCGGAGGCUGCUGGUGGAGGUAGGCGGCGAGUUUCGGGACGAGACUGUCAUGGCUGCGGAGGUCUCGGCCCCGGGCGGAGAGGACGACGGCAUCGUGGUGGAGGAUGUCUCGAGCGCCGGGGGCGCGGAGGGCGAGAGGAGAAAGGGCACGACGACGACGAGGGUGAAGGCUAUAGGGGGCGGGGUGGGAGAAGUGGGACGGGACGGGAGGGAGACAGCCGGCGAGAGGCAGAGCACGAUGCCGGCUAAGGGAGAGGGGGAAACGGAGAAGCCGAAGUGGUUUUGGAAGAAGUUGAAGAAGCCGGAGCUGAGCUCGCCGCCGGGGGGGGAGGAGGAGGAGGAGGAGGACGUGCGGAAGGUUCCCGAUCGGCUGGAAGAAGAGGACUUGGACUGGAGGGGCAACCCAAGGGAAUGCAGCGAGAGAGAACUCGCGGUAGCAAAGAACACGGCGGAUGCAGAGGUGUCAUCGAGAGCGGAGAAGAAGAAGUCGGAGUCGAGUGCACCGUCGACAAAGGCGCGGGCGCGGCUGGAGGAAGAGGGCGUCGACUGGAUGGGCAACCCGCGGGACGACAUGGGAAGGGGGGAAAAGGAAGAGACAAGAGUCUCGUCUAGCGUGGAAGUGAAGACCGCGCGCCGGCGGCAGCGACCGCGAAGUAGCGUCGUCACGAAUAUGGACGGGGAGAAGCUUAAGCUUGCCACUGGAGGAGCAGAGUCGCCGCCGAGGGACGUAGUAGCAUCACCGACGGCUAAGGAGGUGAAAAUUAUCCCCUUACCCAAAGCCGCUUCGAUGGCCAAGCCGGGCUCCUCCUCCUCCUCCUCCUCGUCCGCCUCUUCUCCGGCAGGCAAGAAUAAGAAGGCGACGCCGAAGACCUCUCCCGAGGCGGAAACGGCGGCGGUUGUCGCCGCCGAGCCCCGGCGGCGGCUCACAAAGAGCGAGGCGGUGCGGGUGCGCCGGGCACAGAUAAAGCGGCGACGGGCGGCGCUGCUGGAGGAGAAGGGCGGCUCUCUGUCCGCGGCUUCGGCGCUGGUCAAGUCCUUGCGGGGUCGCUUGGGGAAGGUUGGGGGGCGACGCCGUUCCAAUCCGCAGCGAGAGGGGAUUAUCCAGUCGGUGUGCGCGCUUUCGCGACCUCCCCCGCCACAGGCUGACAGACGUUGAUGUUUGGAUGUUUUCGUCGCUGGUCGUUUAUUUUUUGUCUGGUGCGGUCGUCCUUGACGUUCCGCUACUAGUACUGCUGCUGUUGCAUGCUGCUGCUGUACCACGGUGAAGGAAGGGUGGAGGGUAGAGAGCAUAGGGUAGGGGGUAUCUGUGUUGUCUUGGUGGACUGCUGUGGUAACCUGUCGCUUGGCCGCACCUUGUGUUGGUUCUCGGUGUAGGGCGGCGCUAUUGGGCGGUCGAUUGCGUUUGUAAAUAGGGACCUGUGCCAUGCGUGAAAUGAGAAAAAAUUAGGUCCGGGGGGGGGGGGGGGGGGGGGGGGGGGGGGGGGGGGGGGGGGGGGGGCAGGAGAGAGGAGAUUUAGUGAGUUGUUGGUGUUGUGGGCUGUGGGCGGACCCGAAUGUGAACGUGUGCGGUAUGUUUCAGGCUGCUGCUGCAGUUGAAAGCAGGAGUGAGACUAUUGAACGUUCCUCACGCGCGCUGGUCGCAUGCCCUUCAACCAGUUGCCGGGUUUUCGAUGGUGAGGUUGGGAUUUUUUCGCGGAUGCACGCGUACAUUUCUAUCUAUGAAAGGCCAUGAACAACAAGUCUUAUAUUUCGUGUCCCAAGCGCAGAGAGAGGGGAGACGGGGACGUGCCUGGCGCGCUGAUUCCUCCUGUUGUGUUGCUCCCAAACCGGCACCAAUUUUCGGUGCCUGAUGUAAAUAGGCGUGUUUCAGCACUGUUGCGCCGUGCGUGCGUGUGCACGAUAACAGCGCGAGGGUGCAUAUCGCUGAUGUAAAUAUGCUUUGUGGUGGCCUAACAAAUAAAUAUGAAAGUCGAAACGUAUCCGAUUUUCUUCUUUUUCCUUGUCUUGGCGAGAGGGUGGAGUGGGGGUAAAAGCACCAAGAGGGAUGAUAGAGGCAGUGUGGCGCAGAAAAGCACCGCGUGUUGACGCCGAAGGACUAUAAAGAGUGGUCGUUUUGUGGGCCUGAAAAACACAAGUGAGGUGGAUGCAGUGGUCAUUUGAGGCGCAACGUGCGCGAAGGCCUAGAGAGUGGUCGUGUUGUGGGCCUGAAACAGGUAACGUCGGGUUGUUGUAGUCGUCAUUUCAGGCGUCGUGACGUUUGGUGAGGUUUGGCUAGCCACCGGUUCGCUCUCUGCGUGUCGUGCCCCUCUCGAAGCCUUUCAUCACACGCCAAGUGGCCAUGGCCAUGAUGAUGGCGAGGUUGGCACGGUUAUGGUGAUAUGAGGUGUCAGCGCUCUUGGUGCGGACGGCAAUCUAUCCCAACUUCAGUCGUCCUGUGUGCUCUGCAUGGGAACAGGAGGCAGGCACAAGGUCUGACCUGGUGAUGGUUUUUAAGUGGAAGCGUGGUCGAUUAUGGGUUCCAACAAAAAACACUCCUUCCUUGAAGCAGAAAACCGAAGUGAUCGUGAAAAUGUUUUGCGGAGUGCACGACAAGCGCAUCCGCGUGUGAAUCUUCAUGUCGGGCGACACCCUCUUGCGCGCUUGGGAUGUAGAUCGGAGUGCGAGCGCGAUACGCGAGGAACGGGGAUGGAUUGGUUUCAGCGAGCGUGCAUCACCCGAGGUCGGGGAUGUUCCCUUUCGGCUGGAACGUGGCGCUCAUCCUGCACGCUGCCAUCGAGUCCAACCUGCACGACGAAAAACCACAGAACACGUAUGACCUAUCGUUUUUAUUCUCCAAUCUUUCUCCCCGGGGCGUGCGCCCCAAAGGCGCGGAACCCCCUGCACGAAACGUUUCAUGACCGACCGACCGCCCCGAGCAAACAAGCACUCUAAACGCACACAAUCCAUAUGGGUCGCCUCUAUUCUAGGAUGGAGACUGUUGCCCAGAAUGAAUCAGAAGAGCGUCUACCUGCUCUAUAGCGCACCCCCCAUCUCUAAAAAAUUCAAAGGGUCCAGCAAGACAGCCACCACAUCAUGACCCCAAGAAUCAGGUUCAUUCUUGG